UCCAAGGCCAUGAUUCUCCCCACAUAUUUAUAUACCUGUGCCUGCUCACCCCCUCCCAUGAGACCACCAACCACAAACACCAAUAACAGCAAUAACAGUUCCACCAUGAGUCUGCCCUCACUUCUCCUCAUCAUCUCCUUCCUCCCUCUUACACUCUCCCUCCAAGCCACCACCCUUCAGACCCAAUUUAACUUUCUUUCUCUCAUGAAAGACUCCCUCUUGGGCCCCUCCAUGGCUCACUGGGACUUCACAGACGCUGUCGGUGACAGGCCCUACUGCAACUUCUCGGGAAUCUCUUGUGAUGAUCAUGGAUAUGUUGUGGAGAUUGACCUGUCCUCAUGGAAACUUGCAGGUGACUUCCCUUCUGGAGUCUGUUCUUCCCUCCCAAUGCUUCGUGCUCUCCGGUUGGCUGAUAACGACAUCAGCAACGGCUUCCCGGAGGACCUCUUCAACUGCUCCUUCUUAGGAGAGCUUAACUUCAGCCACUCUGGCCUCACUGGUGCUGUCCCAGACUUAUCCCAGCUCCAAUCUCUCCACAUGAUUGAUCUCUCCAACAACUUCUUCACUGGUGAAUUCCCAAUAUCCAUCAUCAACCUUACCAAUCUUGAGGUGGUCAACUUCAAUGAGAACCCGGGCUUCGAUCUGUGGCGGCUGCCAGAUACGAUCACCCAGCUGAAAAAGCUCGAGGUUCUGAUCCUUUCAACAACCUCCAUGCGAGGAGAAAUCCCACCUUGGAUCGGGAACAUGACAUCGCUUAUAGACCUUGAAUUGAGUGGCAAUAGUCUUGUUGGUCAAAUUCCGGCGACAAUUGGGAAGCUUGAGAACUUGCAAUUUUUGGAGCUUUAUUAUAACCAUCUGAGUGGAGAAAUCCCUGAUGAACUGGGGAACCUCACACGAUUAGUCGACCUGGAUAUGUCGGAGAAUUAUUUGACUGGCAGGAUACCGGAAAAGCUCUGUGCUCUAUCAGGCCUUGGGGUGUUACAGCUCUACUCCAACAGGCUCACCGGAGGAGUUCCUCGUGAGCUCGGGAAUUCCACGGUGCUGAGCAUCUUAUCUCUCUAUGGUAAUUUCCUCACUGGGGAACUGCCACCAGACCUUGGUCGGCACUCUAAAUUGAUUGUCUUGGAUGUGUCUGAUAACCAGCUUUCCAGUCAGCUGCCGCGAGAUGCUUGUGCUGGUGGUGAGUUGCUCUAUCUUCUAGUAUUGGACAAUCACUUCACUGGUGAAUUGCCAGAGACCUAUGCACAAUGCAACUCUCUUCUCCGGUUUCGAGUUAGUAACAACAAGCUGAAUGGUUCCAUCCCUGAAGGGAUUUUUGGCCUUCCUCAUGCAUGGAUCAUUGAUCUGGGCUUCAACCGUUUUGGAGGUACAAUCGCAAAAACUAUAGGGAAUGCGAAGAAUUUAUCAGCAUUGUUUUUGACACACAAUCUGCUUUCUGGUGCUCUGCCACCUGAAAUCUCAUGGGCUACAAAUCUAGUGAAAAUAGAUCUCAGCCAUAAUCUCUUAUCUGGUCCAAUUCCCUCUGAGAUAGCCAGUUUGUAUAAGCUAAACCAAUUGUCAUUACAGGAGAACAAGCUAGACUCAUCCAUUCCAGCAUCUCUCUCCUUACUCAAGUCUCUCAAUGUUCUCAACCUCUCCAAUAAUUAUUUGACUGGGGAGAUCCCUGAUAGCCUCUGUAACCUGCUGCCCAAUUCACUAGACUUCUCAAACAAUCGGCUUUCAGGUCCGGUCCCUCUCCCUCUGAUAAAAGAAGGCCUAAUAGAAAGUGUAUAUGGCAAUUCAGAGCUCUGCGUUCCUUUCCACCUUAACAUGGUGAAACCAAGCCUUCCUCUCUGUCCAAAGCCUGGCAUUAGAAAGGGGCUCAACAAUGUCUGGGUCAUUGGAGUUUGUCUCAUGUUCUCAAUCCUUGCAGUUCUCUUGGCUUUGAAGCGUUGGUUUGGUGAGAAGAAUGUGGUGAUUGAACAAGAUGGUCUUCCAUCUUCUCCGUCCUUCGUGUAUGAUGUCACGAGCUUCCACAAGCUAAGCUUUGAUCAACAUGAGAUCGUGGAGGCCUUGAUGGAGAACAAUAUAGUGGGUCAUGGGGGUUCAGGGACUGUGUAUAGGAUUGCUCUGAGCAGCGGUGAACAGGUUGCAGUGAAAAAACUUUGGAGCAGGGCAACGAAGAACCCAUCACCUAAUCAAUUGUACCUUGAUAAAGAGCUCAAGACUGAGGUUGAGACAUUAGGGAGCAUCCGGCACAAGAACAUCGUAAAGCUCUAUUGCUGCUUCUCGAGCAUGGACUACAAGCUCCUGGUCUAUGAGUACAUGCCAAAUGGAAAUCUUAUGGAUGCUCUUCACAAUGAAGGGAGCUUCUUGGAUUGGCCUACCAGGCAUAGGAUUGCUUCUGGCAUAGCUCAGGGAUUGGCUUAUCUACACCAUGAUCUUUUGUUUCCAAUUGUUCACCGAGAUAUCAAGACUUCCAACAUACUCCUCGAUGAAGACUUUGAGCCAAAGGUGGCUGACUUUGGCAUUGCAAAGGUCUUGCAAGCAAGAGGAGAUCGUGAGUCAUCAGCUUCAGUCAUUAUAGGCACAUAUGGUUAUCUAGCCCCAGAGUAUGCUUAUUCCACCAAAGCCACCACCAAAUGUGAUGUCUAUAGCUUCGGUGUGGUGCUGAUGGAGCUAGUGACCGGAAAGAAGCCGAAUGAGCCCGAGUUUGGGGAGAACCAGGAUAUCAUCCAUUGGGUUUCGAGCAAGAUGGGAACCAAAGAAGGGGCAAUGGAUGCCAUAGACAAGAAGUUAUCAUGGAGCCCCUUUAAAGAGGACAUGAUCCAGAUAUUGCGGAUUGCUCUUCGAUGCACCUGCCGCAGCCCAGCUCUCCGGCCAUCCAUGAAUGAAGUUGUUCAGCUGUUGAACGAGGUUGAUCCUAGCAAGUUCGACGUUACAGGAUCAUUCAAGUUCAAGCAUUUGGCGGGCAUCAAAGGCUAGACAACCAACAAAGAUAUGACUGGAAGACAGGUUUUGAUGGGGGUUAAGUGUCUAGUAGUAGAGUGCCAACUCUUGUUUUAACUAUAAGCUCAUAGACUAUGAAUAAUUUUCUCCUUUUUUGAAGAAAAAAGAAUAGAGGGAAUUUAGAGCAGUAGAGGUGCUUGCUCUCCAUCAUAUCAUUUUCUUUAUUUUCUCUUUUGGAUUUUGUUGUGUCUAGCAUACACUGCUUUGUACUUACGCAGCAUCUGGUGCCCUUAAUGGACCUAUAUAUAUAUAUAUAUACACACACACAUAUGUAUCAAUGAUCGCCUUCUUUUGGUUA